UUUUGCAGACGGUUGAAAGUAGAAUGACACUAUGUGGAUGGCCGACAGAAUGCACUGAGCUCAGCUGCUGCGAGUCCUACAUUUUUAGGCUUUACUUGCUUAUUUUUACCUUCGGAGUAGUCAUUGUUGCAAUUAUUGUGAGUGCUCUUUGGAUGCUGUUCGAAUUCAGACCAAACUACAGAAAUCGUCUCCGUCGCCAAGAUACUGAGGAACAACACCGAUUGGAAGAGAGAUCAUUCGAGGAAACCAAAUAUUUGCGCAGAUUUUCAGAGCUCAACGAGUUAUAAGGAGCAUUCGAAUGGUAGAAAUAUAAAUAUUUCCCUUCUUCUUCCUCUUCUUCUUCUUCUCCAUAUUCUUCAGCCCACUUCAAGCCAGACGUCACUCGAUCGAUAAUUGAUUGGAUCAUUUUUUCUUCGAAUAUCCUCUUCAAAUAUUUAGAGCUUCUGUUUUUUUCAUUUUUUGCGUCUCUUGCUAAAACAUUUGUAUCCCCGUUUGUAUGUAUACGCGUACAGCUUUUAUUUUUUUCAUUUUCUGUAAAUUUUCAAUCACUUUUCGAGAUCCUAGCUGAUAACUAAUAAACAUCUGGAAUUAUUUUA